AUGGUAGAAAGAAGAUCCAGCAAUGGGCUCCGGAGGACUGCAAUGAAGAAGAUCCACAAUCCAGAUGCUCUUCAAGUCACAUUCUCGAAGCGGAGAGCUGGACUUUUCAAGAAGGCCAACGAGCUCUACAACUUAUAUGGUGCAAAGGUCACCAUCCUUGUUUCCUCCCUAGCGGGCACUGUUUUCUCUUUUGGACACCCUUCUGUUGAGACUGUUAUAGACAGAUUCCUCAAUACAGGCACACCACAGGAACCAAGUGUCCCUCCAAGUAUCGAUGCUAAUCGUCAAGCCAAUGUACCGGAGCUUACUAGGCGAUAUCUUAGUUAG